GGCCAGGCUGGGUUCGAUCGUUCAAUAUUCAUCCCUUGGUCGGACGAGAGCGCCCGAGAACAGUAGCUCGAGACGAGGGCACGAAUCGACCCUUCCUUCCUUUGCGUCCUCGCCCGCGGAACUGUUCGAUCGCGGCACUGUUCCACCAGAAGACGUACAACAAUAUUACCAGAUAGAGCAGACCAGAUCCUGACUGUCGUCGUUCGUUCGUUCGUUCGUUCGUUCGUUCGUUCGUUUGUUCGUUCGUUCGUUCGUUCGUGGUGAUACGCGGGGAGAAAAUUCGAUUGUUCUCUCCAUCUUUCGUCUAGUCGUAAAGAAUGGAGGGUAAAAAAGUCGAACAGUAUUACACUCCACCGCCGAAGCUUGGCAAAUGGGAGGGUUUCAGGGUCUUUGUAUGGAACUCCGAGACUGGACAGUUCCUGGGGCGCACAGGGGCUAGUUGGGCCAAAAUAUUAUUAUUCUACGUUAUUUUUUAUGCGGUACUGGCUGGUUUCUUCGGAGCGAUGUUGACAGUUUUCUAUCAAACGUUAGACCCGAAUGCGCCGAAAUGGCAGUUGGACAAUUCCUUGAUCGGGAGCAACCCCGGCCUUGGUUUCAGGCCCAUGCCACCCUCGAGCAACGUCGAGAGUACCUUGAUCUGGUACAAAGCCAGCGACGAGGGAAACUUUUUACACUGGACCAGAGAAUUGGACAAGUUCCUCGAAGAGUAUCAGAAACCAGCCACGUCGACGAACGGUGCCCAAAAAAGGACGAUUUGCGACUACGGUAAACCACCGGCCCCCGGCAAAGUAUGCGACGUGGACAUGUCGACGUGGGGGCAGUGCACGAAGAAGAACAAGUACGGUUACAACAAAUCCGCCCCUUGCAUCUUCCUCAAAUUGAACAAGAUUUUCGGCUGGAAGCCGGAAUAUUACAACGACACGAAGAAUCUGCCCCCCGCCAUGCCCACCGAUCUUCAAGAGCACAUCAAAGCGGAGGAGCACGCGAACAGGUUGGACACGGUGUGGGUCUCGUGCUCGGGCGAGAAUCCAGCCGACGUGGAGAACAUGGGCGCGAUUCAAUACAUUCCUCGUCGAGGUUUCCCUGGUUACUACUUCCCCUUCACAAACACCCCCGGAUACCUCAGCCCCCUCGUAGCUGUUUUCUUCGAGAGGCCUAAAUACGGCGUAUUGAUCAACAUCGAGUGCAAAGCUUGGGCGCACAACAUCAUCCACGAUAGAUUCGAGAGGCGUGGCUCGGUACACUUCGAACUGAUGGUGGACUAAGCCUCGUCCCGCCACCUUUUUGCAGCA